CACACCCCAGGGCCCGAGUGGUGCCCCCUGGAGGUGAGUGUCGCUCAGCCCAUGAGGUGGUGGUCCUAGCUCUCCUCCCAGGCUGUGCACAGGAGACCUGAGGAGGAGAGAGUGUUGUGUUAGUGAACCCGGAACGUAACCUGAAGUCCAGAAGGAGAGAGCAGAGGAAGGGAAGGAAGCUGGCACUGAGGAUUUCGUGCGGCCAGUCUCUGUCCCGCGUUCCUCCACCUCUGCCCUUUUGUUACGGCCACCCUGGGGGCCAGGUGAAGGCGGGGGUGCAGAGAUGAAGCUGACACAGGUUACACGGAUGAGGCGCAGUCACACAGAUGGCAGAUGGCCUUCUGCCAUCUGGCAGAGGGCAGUUUGAACCCGGAUUUGCUGGACUCCAGAGCCUCCCUCAUCCUCCCACCUUCGACGUGACUCACUGUACCCGAGAGGAGCCUUUGCUUCAAGUGCAGGAAGCCCGAGCGCGUUUCUGAACUUGCUAGCACAUUAUCUGAGAAUGAGUCUUUCUUAUUAUGCCUGGAGAUGCAUUUCUUUCUUUCAUUAAACACAACAAAACAAAGCUGGCAGUGCCUGCAAUUUGAUUUGCCCUUAAUGUGGGGGAAUAAAAAGACCUGUGUGUACUUAACAAGCAGAACCUGUUUUUAGUGUUUAGCCAGCUCCCGUCUGGGUGUUUUUUCCUUUAAGUAACUGCACGUCCUGGUACACCCAUCUAAGCCCCAACAGCUGUUCCCCCUCUUGGGUCCCCGUGUUGUGAGGCGGCACUUUCUCUCUCUUGUUUAAGGGAAGAAGCCACACGUGUGAAUUUACCCGUAUAAAUUGAUUGCACGAACGUGUUCAGUCAGAACAUAGAAAUGGCCUGGUUCUCCUGGAGACUUUGCCUGUCACACUGUUUUCCGGCUUCGUUCCGUCUUCCUUGAGAGCUGGUUGUACCCGGCCACGAUUACGCCGUGUACGUUGUGGUUUGACUUUAGGAUCCUAGGUCUUUGGAGGCGGUGGUGUUCACGCAACUCGUCUUUCUUUUCAUUUGCUUUGUGUGUUCACGUUCUCCCCGCUGAUUCUCAUUUGCUCCCCCCACGCACAGACGGCGGCCCCCGGGAGACGUUGAUGCAUUUUGCCGUGCGGCUGGGCCUGCUGAGGUUGACGUGGUUCCUGCUGCAGAAGCCCGGUGGCCGCGGGGCCCUCAGCAUCCACAACCAGGAAGGGGCGACACCUGUGAGCCUGGCCCUGGAGCGGGGCUAUCACCAGCUGCACCAGCUUCUAACCGAGGAGAACGCCAGAGAACCAGACUCCUGGAGCCGUCUAUCCUAUGAGAUACCUUACGGAGACUGUUCUGUGAGGCACCAUCGAGAGCUGGACGUCUAUACGUUAACCUCUGAGUCCGAAGCGCAUCAUGAACCCCCAUUUCCUGGAGACCAUUGCACUGGACACAUAUUUAAACUUAGGAACAUCCAACAGCAGCUAAUGAAAACAAACCUUAAGCAGAUGGACAAUCCCAUGCCCUUAAUGGUGACAGCACAGGAUCCUUCAGGUGUGCCCGCUGCCCAGGAUACAGACAGCCAGUGUCUCUGCUGUGCCUCAGCCCCCAGGGACGGCCAGCAGCGCCCUCUUCCCGAAGACACCGCAAGCUCUCCGUGCUGCCCAGGGAGCACUGCCGGGGGGAUUGCAAGUUCCUGCGAUUUGUCAGGUGUGGCUGAGGAGGAGCACACAGACUGUUCCUGCGGGAGGAGAACUGCAGGCGUGGAGAGAAAAGGGGAAGAGGUGGAGGCAGCACGUGCUGCGGACUGCGGAGCCGCAUCUGGGCCCAGCCACUGCCUGCAGAGUGUGCCUCAUUGCGGAGGAAACGGCGCAGGGGGCGUCCCCUGCUGUGGACUCAGAAACGGAGAAACUGGAACAGAAUCUGCCGCACUGGCCGCGGACCAGGAGUCUCCAGGCGCUGGAGACCACGUCCCGCAGGGAGACGUGGCCAUGCAGCCGGGCACCGCUGCCAUUCGACAUCUGUCUGGAGGGGAGCUUGCAGUCGGCGUCCCAGCGACUGCUGGGGACCCAAAAUGUGAUCUCGGGAACACAGACACCCCCACCCAGAAGAACGUGCUCGAAGCUGGGGGGAGCACGGACGAAGAGGUUGCCAGCUCUGGUGUCAGCACGGCUGGAGCCUGUGAUGGAAGAGGCCCGAGGAAGCCUGCAGGUGAAGCCGGCGCUCCUCACGGCGUCCCUGCCACUGCUUCCCUGGAGGCUUCCAGACCUGUCGAGUGUUCACCUGCAGGCAGUAACGGAGAAGCCUCCACCGUCAAAACUGCAGAGACUGAAACUUCGCCAGGUUGUGAGGGGGGCGCUGGGGUUCCACCAAAUCCGAGCCCCCCGGUACUUGCGGCUGCAGCGGAAGACACGCCUGCCAAUGGGUUUGAGCCCUGUGCUCCCUGGGCAGGCACAAGUGUGCCAGCAUCGCCCUCUGGCCUAACUUUGCUUGGGCCCCAAAAAGACACGGCAGACCAGGAGGCAGAAACGGAUUCACCGCCCAUCCAAAGCCCAAACAGCGAAUCACCCCUCUGUCCCCCUGCUGGAGGUGGCAAGCCGUGUGCUGUCUCCACGCGGCAGCAGGACAUGGUGACUUCUGGUGGUGUGUUGACCGCAGAACGCUGUGAUGACAUAGUUACCCGGCCUGAAAGCAGCCCCCCAGGACUGCCCCCCAUGCAGCAUCCACCCCCUGCCGCCUGCCGUGAAGGUCCACGGGCUGGCCCGGCCGCCCCCGGCCCCGUGCGAGAUACCCAGGAACAUGUGGCAUUUUGUCGUCUUGAAGUUUCGGAUAUGAAGGGCCAAGGAGAAGGUUUGAAAUUAGAAACCAACUCAACAGAUACGCUCGGGGUGCGUCCGCACGCUGCUGCCCUCGGAGCCGAGAAGGAGCUGGUGCCGGACCAGGCAGUGACAUCAGACAGGGCUUUUUCUCUGGCAGGCGGUUCAGGCAGUGAAUCAGUAACCAGAGAUGACGCGCUUUCUCUUGUCCCCUCCCAGAAAGAAAAGGGAACAGCAGCUCCUGGCCUGCACACGGCUCCAGACGGUAGAGAUGGCCUGGGCGGAGAUGCGAACGAGCCCCUAGAAGACGGCGCCGCAGGCCUGCCCGUGCCCUCCGCCGCUCCUCAGCUUCAGCCCAGCAUGGGCAAUACCAGUCCCACGGCACUUGGCGACGAACAAGGGGGACCCUGCCUCGCAGCAGCCCCCGAAGUUCCGAAUCUCGAGGGCGGCGCGGACUCUUCUCUGCUGCCUGCGGGGAAGGCCACCGUGGCCUCCAGUUCCAUUUUGACUGAAGAAGGGAAAAAUCUGGUGCUUCCAGAAAGCUCUGAAGCUCAGGGACAGGGUGGCAGGGAUAAAGCGGUGACUUGUUCCCCUGUUAAGGAAGACACGCUUUCCUUGGGAACGUUUCAGGAAGAGCGGAGAACACCACCUCCCGGACAGGAGGCGCAGGAACUCCGUGGAGAGCCCGGCUCCGCUGGCUGUGCCGAGGACAGAGCCCUGGAGCACGGCAACACGCUGGACACGCCCUCGGCCUGCCUUGAUGCAGAAACUCAGCAAAACAAGGAAGUGGCCCCACCGGUCUCGCCACCGACUGAAGGUGGGGCUGCACAGAGCCUGGUGCCGCCGGGAGCCGGGCUGGCUGCAGCCCCACGCCAGGAAGCCCUGGGUGCAGAGCAGGGCAGCUCGGCUCCCUCGCCAGGGCUCUUACCAGAUGGGGCUGAGGUGCAGCCUUGCAGUCGAGCUUUUGCUCUGGAUGCUGGAGUGCAAAACCUUAACUCCCAGGGAAUAAACCCUGCUUGUGAGGUGAACGGAAAGGCGGCGUUGGAUGUCGCCGUGGCUAACGCUUUACCGGGCACCGUUGGGGCCAGGAGACAGGCCGCAUCACACAACACACGAGACCUCCCGCUUCCAAAAGCCUCUUUGAGCCAGGAGGAGAAUAUGAUCCUGGGGUCGCCAGGAGCUUUACCAGACAGAGGAGUGACUGACCCACAGGGCGCUGCGACUCCAGAGUGGCUCCCUCUCGGUUGGAAGGAAGCGGACCGCGGCAGCAGCUUGGGCAGCUCCGGGGAGGCACCGGUGGACACCCAGGCACAUCACAUCCUACGGCAGCCUGUUGCCACAGAGGUCCCCCUGGAGGCCGGGCUCCCACGCGCUGGUGACCAGGCCCCAGGCGGGGAAAGGAGCGCUGCGCAUCUGCCCGACAGCGCCGACUCCAUCGAGGAGGCCGCGAGUCGCAUUGUGGAGGCCGUCCUAGAUCAAGUCAAGGCCUCGGGAGCACUCCUCACUGGGCGGGGGACCAGUCACAUGUCACUGUCCAGUCCUCCGGAGUCAGGCCCGGUGACCGAGCGGCCAGUGAGUGCUUCUGCAGGGAACGCGAUCGCUUUUGUGCCUGGGCAGACCCCACAAAUGGGCGGUGUUCGUGAAGAAGCCCCUGGCAGCCUCGCAGGGUGUUGGGCUGAAAGCGGGGAGCUGGAGAAGAUGAAUCUGCCUGCUGACGGACCUGAGCCGGCAACAGAAAUGCCAGACCUGAAAGCUGCCGACGAAGUGGAUUUUCGGAGUAAUGGGAGGACGGGCGUGGCCUCUGCAGAGGUGGCCGUGGGAGAUGUGGCCACCACAGCAGAGAUGAAACCAGGCCUAAAGACCCAGGCGGGAGCUGCGGUGCGCGCCUUGGGCAGUUUGAAUUUGCUGUCGUUCGUGGAAUAGAGGAGUGUGUUGUACUCGCUCGUGAUGUUUGGGACGGCCGCCUCCCCCCUUCAUCGUGUUCCGGCUCGGACAUCAGAGCGUUCGAGGUGCACCGUGCGAUGCCUGACAGAGCCGUUUUCAUAGGGGACGGUGUGGG